CAAACACCUCUCAUGUAAGUAGACUACACAGUGUAGUGUAAGAUAACUGAGGUGUUCCUGUGGAGUCUAGUCAGUCAAGGCUUGAACUCGCCACCUACCGUACCAGUCAGUGUUCCAUUUUGGGCAUGGGAGGCACAGCAGGAUAGGCCUAGCCUCGCAAGCCAUCCUACGUACUUCCGCCAAAGGAUUGGCUCCACUACUGUAGUCUGGCCGUGCUUCUCUGUGGAGUGCUUGGAGCAGUAGAAUUUUGAUCGCAACGCCCCCCCCAGAAAACAGCCAAUAAGCGAAUACGUCCCCCACGUGGGGGCGAAAGGGGGAGGACGCUCGUGACAAUGACGUACACAUCUGCGCCAGAGCCAUUGGUCUGCGCUAUGUUGUUGUUGAGUAACUGCCAACGAUUGGGUGAGAGGUGUCCAAUAAUUUCAAACCAUAACUGAGUGCAAACUUCCUGCUUCCUACAAUCGCUUCAGAGCAAACAAAUGCCAGACCAUGAAUACGAAAUGAAAUGAUAGUAUUAUGGGAUGGUCAGGACCAGGCUACGAUAGGCCUACCGCUGAGCUAAAAGACCAGUCUAAUAGCUCAGCGCUGUCACCAGCACUGUAUGAGGCUUCGGGUGGGAGGUGUACUAACAUUGCACGCUACACUCUGCUAGCUGGCCUCUGCCACACUCAGCCCCAAACCCCACUCCCAUCCUGGGUUCAGGCACCUGUGUAACUGAGGUGCUCCUGCACAGUCCGCCACUUGGGGCUCAAACUUGCCACCUACCAGUCAACCUACUAACGUUCCACGCCACAUUGUGCUAUUGGCCUCCGUUACGGUAGGCCCCGCCCAUCGCUGCAAUUAAACCUGAACCUGAAUUGGGGGCGAGGUGUUUGGGGUGUAAUAGCAGACGAAUAAAGAAUGCUUGCUCUGAAAACUGAAAAAUCUAUGCGAACAUCAACAACAUUGUACAUCAAUAACAUCAAAAUCAUUUCUCACUGUAUAUCUGGUUUCUAUCCUCACCUUCUUUUCUUUUCCUCAGGUUUUUGACCCCUCUUAUAAAUACUCAUAUGAUCAUAAAGUAACGAUCCCCGUGGUUAUGAAGCAACAUGAGGGAAAAUACCGCUGGGCAUACCCUCAAAUUCCUGGACAAUCAUUCUUCGAUAAAGAACUCAUUCUCAAAGACUGCGCGGUCCAUAAGGACGUGGAUUACGGAGCGGAGCUCAACUUGGCAGUGCCCAAAGAUGCCGCCCUAUUGCAGUUUAGCCCAUCCGGCUCCAAGGACCAAAAGAUCCUGUGGAGUCGCGUCAACAUGGACGACACCAGGGGAGCGAGGGGAACCGUAUCACGAAACAGCUGGGCUGCUUUCAACACGCAUUUUGCUGACGCAGGACGCUACACUGUCCUCAGACAGAGUGGGAGUGAAAUCUCCAGCACUGUUGUAAAAGUUAGAGAAGCUAAGAGGUCCCGUACCCUGGAUGUGAAUAGCACCUGGGAAGACAGGGUUCCGGUUCCUGUGUCUGAGGCAGUGGUUACUUUUAUCAAGGUCCAGAAGAAGCAGCAUGCGAUGAAAAAGCAGCAUGUGAUCUUCGAGAACGGCAUGAUGACCGAAGACGCGUUGAGGAUCUUUGAGGGUCGGCUAUCCAUAAACACUGAGCUCGACGUGCUGCAGUUCGUGAUGUCAGGUGCAGACUCUAAAACUUUCGGACGGUAUGAGGUCACCGAGAAGAAAGGCAGAGCUUUUGUGAUCGUCCUCUCUGGAAGCUCAAGUGAUGAACCGCUAACCAUUCCAGACAGGACUGUGCCUAUGGUCGUGGCUGGCUGUCUCCUCAUACUGUCCAUCUGCUACUGUGUGAGCCAACGGUGUUGCAAAAGGAAGGAAGUGACCCCUGCUCCUCCCACUGCCGACCCUUCCUCUGCCGCUGCCGACCCCGCUGUGAGGAAAGGCCGGAAGAAAAGGAAGCAGCCCCUUUUUCCUGCCCCCGCCCCCUCCCCUGCCCUUGCUGCUGGCCCUGCUCCGCCUGUGUUUAUCCAUGGACCUGUUCCAAUGCCUCAGCCAGUCUACCAGCCAGGGCAUUAUGAUGCAUCGACGGCCAGAGGACCUCAGCCCUACAUUCCUUAUGUUCCCUACGUUCCCUACCAGCCAGCUGAGGGCAAAAUCGGAGCAUAUGGUGUACCUGUUAUUCCCGCCCCUUCAGCCCCGGGCUACCAGUACCAGCCCAGUGGAUGGAGCACGACUGACAUUCUCAACACUUCACCACUCAGCAUGGCCACCACAGACACCAGGGGUCCAACCGGAGCAUAUGGUGUGCCUGUUAUUCCCUCCCCUGCUGCACCCAGCGCCCCUUCACCCCCAGACUACCAGUACCAGCCUAGUAGAUGGAGUGGGAUGACCUCUGACUUUCUAUCUUGUUCUCCACUCAGUACAGCUACAGCAGAGAGCAAGGCCGCUGCCGGAGCAGAUGCUGCUUCUGAUGCCACCCCUGCCCCUACCUCUGAUGCCACCCCUACACCUACCCCUGCUCCUGCCCCUGCCUAUGCCCCCGCCCCUGUAGCUGCCUCUCCCAUUGUUGUCACCCCUGCUGCACCCAGUGCCCAUUACCAAUCUAGUGGGGCGAGGCAGGCAGCGGAAAUUGUGUUGGACGUGGCGGAAAUAGCUUCAGCUUUUUUUGAAGACUGAAGACUCAGACAGCGAUGCCAAAAACAGGGAAGGGGUUACUUGGUGGUUUAGAGAUUUGUUUUUGUGUGGAAAAAAAGUAUUCACAAGAGAGAUCUGGAAAUUUGGAUAUGAUCUAUUGGGCAUAUACGCCAUCACAUAAACUACACAGUGUGUACAGUAUGUAUACAUGGGCUCACCGUGUUUGUUAACACAAUAUUGUGAGGAGGGGCAAGACACUGGCAGCCAACCAUGUGAGCUAAUUUUUUGACCAACAGUGGUUUCCAACAAUCAGAGGUUGAGUUGUGCGCAGUUUGGCGCAGUCAGGGGGAAACAAAAAUGUAGAACCCAUGUAAUAUAGGUCAAUGUUUCAGACAAAUCUGAGGGGGUUGAGUGCGGACCAUUUGAUGACUCCAGUUGGGGAUGAUUCAAACAUUGAGAGAAAGAGAGUUUGCAGAAUUGUAAUUGACAUAAUUUGUGGUUACGAGGAAGAUGAUGUGAGAAUCAGUUGAUCAGACAACCAAUACAUUAAAAGGACAAGUCAAGAAAAGACAAUUGUGGAGGCUAUUGGCUACCUCACAAAAUAUGUCAGGCAGUUAAUUCAAUUCAAUCACAAACUAGAAAUGCACUCAGAGAGUGCAGCAUAGAGGUAGAAAAUAACACUAGAGAGGACACAGCAAUUUGCGACACCACUGGAAAAUGGCAGCUGGAGCUUCCCAACUUCCGUAGGUAGUGUAGGUACCUUCAGGCAAUGCAAGUCAAUGGAGAACAUGCCCACCCCUGUCAAUUUUUUGACUAAAACUGUGUGAAUAUGAAGUAACACAUUAAUCAAAGAUCAGAUUUGAAAUGUCAGGCUAAAUAUCUACUUAAAUCAUAUGAGUCGAUAAAAUACAUUUAAAAAGCAAAUAAUAUCUUUUAUGAACAUAGCUAGCAACACACUUCAACUAUUGUCCUUGUAUAGUGUGUUGAUGGACAUUUUCACAUGAUUAAGCCAUUUUUGACAGAGGUGAGCCUCGUUCUCCGUUAAUUUCCAUUUCUCUGAUCUACCUACAGAUAAUGGGCGCUACAGAUUGCCGUAAAAAGGGGGGCGGGGUCCUCUCUAGUGUUAUUUUCUACCUCUAUGGAGUGCAGACCUCCACCUAGGAAGCUGUUUGAUGUCACACCCUAUUUUUAUUUUCCCUUCUCUGUGUGGAGUUAAAAACUGGAAUGUGAAAAUUCACCCUGUCCUGCAAUUCAAUUUGCGGUCACUGGAAGCGUCUAGAUUUGUAGGCUAGCUAAUAGUGAAGAAUCUUUUUUUAAAUCCUGGUUCCGGUUUGUGAUCCGGAUCAUGGCCAAAAUGUAAUCACUUGUUCCUUUGAUCUUUUCCAACUAAACAAAGUUACAUCCAAAUGCGUUUUUGAGUUAUCCUGCUGACAAACAAACAGACAAACAAACAAACAGACAGACAGACAGACAAACCAACACGACUGAAAACAUAACCUCCUUGGCGGAGAUAAUAACAAGACAAGGAAAGAACACUGUGAACGCCAUUUGCUACCUCACAAAAUGUCAGCUAUCACAAACAAGUUACAGAUGAAGGUUCUUUUGUACGUGCCUAAAUGCGUUAUCAGAUAUAUUGAUAUUGCCAUUGAUUGGUUGAUUGGCUAUAGCUAAGAUUGCAGAGAAUCUUGAAACCAAUGAGCUUUCUACUAUUAUCAACUUCACAGACUAAUUAGAGGAAAAUGCACACACUAACAACACUUAGCUCUUAGCACUACGUAUAUAAGUAUAUUACGUAUAUUAUCAUCACCACUAGUAUUACUCAUGCAGUUCUGUUUUUCUUUUUUUAUCUAUAUGAUAGAUCAUAUAUAUUAUUAUAUUUUUAAUAUUAUUUAGAAAUGCUUUUGUAGUAAAGUAUUCACAUGGGAAAAUGAAUUAGUCAAGUCAAUACUAAUGCUAAGUUUACAGAUCAUGCCGAACUCAGGAAAAACACAAACUAAACCCUACAGGGAAAAGCAAUAGGCUAUACAAAACCAAUGUUUCUUCUACAGAACUACUGUAUUUUCUUGUCAAAACAUUAUUUUUUAUACGAAAAACACUUUACAAACCAUAUUUUGUAGUAUGUGUGUGUGAUAAAAGAUGGCACCGGUCUUAAAUAAAAAGGAAA